AGUCUCCUAUUUGUGAUGAUCUAUCCACCCAGCCAAGGGGAGGGGAAGGGAAUGACUAUAAAGGGAGAGGGCUCCUGGGUCGGAGGUAACCUCGCAGCGUCUGGUGGCUCGUGAGUUGGCAAGGCAAGCAGCGGGAGAGCAGAGCGGAAGGCAGCUUCUCUGCAGGCACCAUGGCAGAAGAUCUUCAGUUAGAGACCUGGGACCUGAAAUGCGAGGAAAACAACCAGGAGCACAAGACCUCCGAAAUGGGCUCCCAUCAGCUCUUCAUACGCCGAGGACAGCCGUUCCGGAUCACAUUGAACUUCGCGGGCAGAGCGUACGAAGAAGGCGUGGACAAGCUCACCUUCAUUACGGAAACAGGACCUUGCCCCAUCGAGACCUCCGGGACCCUCUCCGCUUUCCCUCUCUCCUGCUCCCCGGAGGGCUCGGCCUGGAGUUCGACCGUGGAUCAGCAGGACGGGCUGUCCGUGUCCGUCUCCAUCUCCUCCCCUCCGGACGCCCGCAUCGGCCGAUACCGCCUGCUCCUAGAUGCCUCCACCCAAUAUCAAGGCUCCAGCUUCAACCUGGGCGAGUUUGUCCUGCUCUUCAACCCCUGGUGUCCAGAGGACUCUACGUACAUGGAGAACAAUGAGGACCGGGUUGAGUAUGUCUUGACCCAACAAGGCCUGAUCUACCAAGGAUCGAAGGACUACAUCAUCUCCAUCCCAUGGAACUUUGGACAGUUUGAAGAAGACAUUUUGGCCAUCUGCUUGCAGUUGCUGGACACCAACCCCAAAUUCCUCCUCAAUCAAGACAAGGACUGUUCUCGACGCAACAGCCCCGUCUACGUGAGCAGGGUGGUGAGCGCCAUGGUGAACUGCAAUGAUGACAAAGGCAUUCUCUUUGGACGUUGGGACAACCGCUAUGACGAUGGGGUCAGCCCCACGACCUGGAGUGGGAGUGUGGACAUUCUUCGGAGGUGGCAGAAGUACGGAUGCCAACCGGUUCGCUACGGGCAAUGCUGGGUCUUCGCUGCAGUGGCCUGCACAGUGCUCCGGUGCCUCGGGAUCCCUACUCGCGUGGUGACCAACUAUAACUCUGCCCACGACACCAAUGGGAACUUGGUCAUCGAGCAAUAUUUGGACGAGAACGGGAAGCUGCAGAGGGGAAACCGGGAGCUCAUCUGGAAUUAUCAUUGCUGGGUGGAAUGUUGGAUGACCCGUCCAGACCUCCCGAGCGGCUAUGACGGCUGGCAAGCCUUGGAUCCAACUCCGCAGGAAAAGAGUGAAGGAGUCUACUGCUGUGGGCCAACUCCGGUGAAAGCCGUCAAGGACAGGCAGCUGGAUUUUAAGUACGAUGUGAAGUUCGUGUUUGCCGAGGUCAACGCCGAUGUGGCUUAUCUGAUGCUUCAGAGCGACAUGUCCCGGAAGAAGACCACGCACCCCACCUUUGUGGGCAAGAAGAUCAGCACCAAGAGUGUGGGGAAGGACACCAAGGAGGACAUUACACACACCUACAAGUAUCGUGAAGAUUCGGAGGAGGAGAAGCCCGAGAAGGUCCAGGCCACGCAGGAGGAAGGUUUGGCCCUCAGGAUCAAGGCUUCAGAGGGGAUGAACAACGGGUGCGACUUCGACGUCUUUGUGGUCAUCAACAACAACACGCCCGAGGAACGGCUCUGCCGGCUGAGGAUUUCGGCCGCCACCACCAGCUACAACGGGGCGCUGGGCUCCGAAUGCGGGUUCAAGGACCUGUUGAACGUCAAGCUGGAUCCCAACGCAGAAAGGAUGGUCCCCUUGCGCAUCCUUUACGAGAAAUACGGCAGCUGCCUGACCCCGGACAACAUGAUCAAAGUCACGGCUGUCCUGCAGCAGGCAGAGAACCAGAAGAUCCUCCUUGGGGUGCGGGACUUUCACAUCAAGAACCCCGACGUCAAAAUCCGGGUCCUGGGUGAGCCGAUGCAGAAGCGCAAACUGGUGGCCGAGCUGACCCUAAGCAACCCCCUCCCCACCACCCUGACCGGCUGCGUCUUCACCAUGGAGGGGGCCGGACUGACCGGGGGACAGAAGGUCCAGCAGCUAGAUACGUCCGUCGAACCUGGGGAGGAAGCGAAGGUGAGGGUCGACUUUGUACCUCAACAAUCCGGCUUGCGGAAACUGGUGGUGGAUUUCGAGAGCGACCAAAUGAAGGGCGUGAAGGGCUACCGGAACGUCAUCAUCGCCCCCCAGCUCAAAUAAAAGCAGGAGCCUUCCCCUCCCAGCCGAAAAAGCCAAACAACUCCAGGAGCCCCCCCCCCAGAUGUCGGGGUCGGGGGUCUCUUCGCACCUGCAUCCCCAGCUACACCCAGAUGCUUCUCUGCUCCUACCACCACCAAAGACUGGCCCUUGGACGCUGACCCCCACCCCCACAGCUGGUUGGAGGGCACCCCCAAACACCCUAGACUUGACAGGCUGCCAUUGGGGAGGGGGGGAUGCAAGUCUCUACUCGGGAUGUGCACGCAGGAGAACUUCCCCUUUGGGAUGUGACUUCAAGGGGGUGUCAUACCCUGCCUUGCCAGGGGUCCCACGACCCCCAGACUCCCUUUGUGUGGGUCCUUUUGAUCCUAUUAAGAUGUUUCCCAUCCAUCCUGGUUACCUGAGAUGGCUGGGGGGUGAUUCAGGCUGAAGGGGAGGGCAGGGAGGAUCCCACAUUGGCAACUUUAAGACUUAUGGACCUCAACUUUUAAGACUUGUGAACUUCAACUCCCAGAAUUCUGGGAGUUGAAGUUCAUAGGGUUGAAAGAUGCCAAGGUUAUUAGAAGAUUCCUCUCUAACUGCUCUCCCAAUCAUCAGUAGUCUUUGAAAGCCUCCAGAGAAGGACCUGGAGACCUCCCCUAGGAGAAGACCAUGUCAACCUUCUGCUUCCCCCAUCUGGAUGUCCCACCAGAAGCAUCCAAGAAUGAGAAGAUCUCAUGCCUUCCCCCCCCCCCCCAGCACAGCAGCCCAUACAGGGGUGAGGUCAGUUGGAUAAAACAAUCGGCCUUGUCCAUUUGGCUUUGUCAUCUCCCUCUUCCCUUAUUCCGCCACCCGCCCUCCGGCAAGCUUUGGCUACGAUGGCACACUGCCGGAAAUGAAAGAAGUCCACCGUUGCUUGCAUGACUACACAAUCCCUAAGGCACUCCGAUGGCUUAUUGUUUAGAGGACCUGUCUUUUCUCAGAGCAUGAAACGCCUGGGUUUGCCUGCUGGACCAUGGAUGGAUUUUUCCAUCAGGACUUGAUGGCUGAUCUCUGAUGGCCCUCAAGUACACUUCUGGCACCACUUCUUCGACCACAAAGUACCAGUCUUUGGAACCUCCGCAAAUCAUGUUCCCUGAAGCUGGGGUCUCCAACCUUGGUCCCUUUAAGACUUGUGGACUUCAACUCCCAGAGUCCCUCAGCCAGCAAAACUGGCUGAGGAACUCUGGGAGUUGAAGUCCACAAGUCUUAAAGGGACCAAGGUUGGAGACCCCUGCCCUGAAGCAACCUGGUUAUAGAGCAUGUUUCUCCACCUCGGCCGCUUGAAGAUGGGAGGACGUCAACUGCUAGCAUUCCACAGCCAGCAGAAUUCUGGGAGCUGAAGUCCACCCGUCUUCAAGUGCCCAUGUUAGACAAAAUGCUUAGCAAGAUAGCAAGAUCUCAAGAAUGGUGUUUUACAUUACUCCACCCCCUACUUGGAAGAAGAUGGAAAAUUCUUGAUUAUUUUUUUUUGACAAUUGUGGGUCUCCUGGGGUGAGGGGUACGUAUUUGGGUCCCUCAGCACUUGGGAGGGAUCUACCAUAGUUCAGGAAUUGAGCAGGAAAAGAAGGCGGCUUAAUCGUGGCUGGAGAGCAUCUAAACCUUCACCAAACUGCCUACCAGAAAGUAUUUUUGAAAGAAGGAAGGUGGUCCAUCCACUGCUGGGGCUCCUCUCUGAGACCCAUGGAGGGGCUUCCUUUCUCGAAAAGCACCAAAGGUAAUAAAAAAAGUCUUCCAGGCAGACAACAAACCCAAGGAGGUUACAGUAAACUGCCUUCAAAAAGAAGCCAGCAUUAAGUUGUUGGCAGUAGGUCAACCUACCUUGACCACCUUCAGAGUUUUUCGCAAGAAACAUCUUGAAGAUGGGUGGACUUCAAUUCCCAGAAUUCCCCUUCCAGCAAAUCCUGGGAGAGGAACUCCACUCAUCAAGUGACCAAAUUUGAAAAACGCUGGGUUGGAAAGAUAGCAAGAUCCCAGGGACCUACUGGACUCCAGUGGCUCUCUGCUACCAAUCGCCAUGCUGGGUGGGGAACAUGGAACGUGAGAAGAAAAGGGGUAGAGAUGUGGAAAGGAAGAUUCUGCCUCCUUGCACACUCACAAACCAUUUCUGGACAAGAUCAGACUGGCUUUUUUGGGGAGCCAGUAGUCACUUGCCUAAGGUGUGGCUUAUUGUGAAUGCCAGAUGUUUGGGCUCCUGUGCUUUUCCAGCUGUGUUAAUGGUUCUCAGUCAACUCAGCAUGUUUUGGCGCCCUUAUCAAGGAAGGUGCUUGGCAACCAUGCCCCAACACACCCAGAGAUGGGCAAGACAAGCACAAAUGAAGGAUGGAUGGAUGGAUGGAUGGAUGGGCAAAGGAGGUCAGGGAUGGGGGGCCAACUAAGAAGGACCAGUUGGGAGGGUCCAGAUCAGCCUUUUUCAGCUGGGUUGGUCUAUAGCAGGGGUGUCAAACUCAAGGCCCAGGGGCCGCAUCCGGCCCAUGUGGUGCUUAGAUCUGGCCCACACGACUGCCAUAGAAACAGUAAAGGACCGGCCAGUGGUGCCUCUGCCAGCAAAAACGGAGCUCGGGUGGGCCCUCCUAGGCUUUGUUUUCAGCCACCAUGGCUUGCCCGAGCUCUGUUUUCACUGGCAGAGGGUGGCAGGAGGCUGUCACAGCUGAAAAUGGAGCUCGGGAGCCCCUUUUCGCUGGCAGAGUGCUUGGGCCACCACAGACGCCCCAACACGUGUGUUGUCAAUCUGGCCACACCCACCCUGGCUCCCCCCUCCCCGAGGUCAAACACAACUCUGAUGCGGCCCUCAGUGAAAUUGAGUUUAACACCUCCGGUCUAAAGGAUGAGUAGAGGAGGAAGUCAGGGACAGUUGACCAACUAAGAAGGACCAGUUGAGAAGAUCCAGACCAGCCUUUUCCAGCUGUGGUGGUCUACAGGAUGAGUAGAGGAGGUCAGGAACAGUUGGUCAACUAAGAAAGACCAGUUGAGAAGAUCCAGACCAGUUUUUUUCCAGCUGUGAUGGUCUAGAGAAUGAGUAGAGGAGGUCAGGAACACUUGGCCAAUUAAAAAAGAUCAAUUGAGAAGAUCCAGACCAGGCUGUUCCAGCUCUGGUGGUUUACAGGUUGCGUAGAGGCGGUCAGGAACAGUUGGCCAACUGAGAAGGACCCCUUGGGAAGCCUUUUCCAGCUGUGGUGGUCUACAGCUAGUCUUAUCGGUUGGAUUGGGGGAGAAUGAGCCCAGGCCAGGCCAGCUGGAUUGUAUCAAGUGGGGGAUGAGCCUCUAUGUCUCCACCUCUUCCAAGCUUCCAGGGAACAUGAUGUCCCUUCUUUCUUGGGGGUUGGUAGCGUCCAACCAUGUUACCUUUUGACCUGAACUCUGGUGCUUUCCACAGAGCAAGCUCGGCUGGAGGCGCUGGCUUCCAAGUCCCUUGGCUGCUGCCCAGUCACACCCUGCUUAGGACAUAUUUGCAAACCCAACCUGAGAGCCUUCGCAAACACACUUAAGAGAGACAAGAGACAGAUAUAGUUUAUAAGCCAUUAAAAGGUUUUUUUAAAAAAAUCUUGUCAGAUGUUUAUUUGCAUUGCAAUUCUUCUGGGGCUGAUCAAAUGACGGAGAGCUGAUGGGAAUUUAUUUUGCAAUCACUCAAUAAAAAGUUUAUUUUUCACCUUGCAA